CUUUCGGCUUCAGAGUUCGUUUGGACUUGAGCAUAGUAUGACUCAUUGGUUUUUUAGUGUUCGUAGUUUUCUAUAUACAUUGUUGUUGUACGUCUUCUCCGCUUUUAUCAUCGUCCCUCUUUUCUCUUUCCACCGACUAAAUUCGCUGAGAGGCAAAUUGGGUCUUCAAAAUGUGCGACUGAAAGAUUCCUUCGCAGCACCAUAUGCACCAUCUCGUUACUCUCACUGUCGCCGCUGCAUAGUUCUGUAGUUGUCGAUACCUGUUUCGCAUUUUUGUUCACUUUUCUUUAAUUUUCCUUCUAGGUACAUGCAUCUGAUUAAGUUAACAGCUCGAGCUUUGGUUUCCAUAUUCCAUAGAGCACAAAGCUGAGCGCCUUUAACCUCCCCUCACCUCUGAGGUAGUGAGGUGCGAGGUUUAGUUUACCUGUUUAUCUGUCCCAAAAGUGCAGCCUUUAAAAGGCUUUCCGUGCUGAAAGAUUCCUUUUGAUCGUAAUCAUAGAUUUGUACUAAUUUGUUCAGCCCUGUGCAUUAGCUUUAUGUUGCCUCCUGAUCUUUGCUACAUUCCACUUUUCCAUCUUGCCUGGUGUUGCUCUGUCCCCAUCGUUUCAUUUCGUUGGGCGUGCCGGCUAACUUCCUUUUGCUUUUUUAAACAACCACAGGGCCAUGAACUGUGCUUCUCAUGCACAAUAUUGCCUACUAAUGCCUGCAAAAGCCCAGCCUUAGGAAUGUGUGUGCUGAAUUUUUUCUGAAAGGACAGCAUCUUGCUACAGCAAUAUACUCUGACCUUGUGCCCAAGUUCAAAUUUAAGGCUUGAAAACAUUCAAAACUCGAGACUUCAGAUGCUGAGACACCCAAGGCUCUUCAAACUUUGGUUGCCUAUAUAUCCACACGCCAGUGGAUGGAAUCUAUCAGUGUUGCUGUGCUCUGAGGCAGCCUUUAUGAUCAGACGAAGGCAAUGAUCAACUUGUUCGACCUCGGCGCUGGGUUGUCUAGCUCGAACAUGCUCACAGAUCGACCUCGAAGAGAUGGUUCUCCAUCUUGUAGAAGCAGGCAAGAUGUCAAGAGAACCGUUGAUCCUGCUAAAGUUUACGCAGAGGAUAAACUAGGAGCUAGUAACUGGAGCUCAUCAAGCAAUAGAUCAAAUGCAUCUCCGCUGAAUGUGGUAUUAGCAAAGGAGAAGUCCAAGGAAUUGGAGUCGAAGAAGAAGCCACCAAGUGUCGUUGCCAGAUUAAUGGGACUUGAAGAUGAUCUACCUGGUCAAGAGGCAACAUUACAAUCUGCUAAAAGAAACUUGAAGAAAAGACACUUAAAUGACAAUUCAGCAGAAAGUAAGAGUCUCCAUCAACGUCAAGACCAGUACAAUUCCAUUAUGACAACACGGGACAUACACGUAGGACACACAGAAACUGUUCAGUUUAAGGAUGUCUAUGAAGUCAGUGAAAAACCAUUAAGAACAUACCAUCUUCAGGACCAAACUUUUCCUAGCGGAACAUCCUCCAGGAGCAAGAGGGACAUAAGGAUGGAAAUUGUUCGUCAGAAGUUCAUGGAAGCUAAGCGCCUUGCUACAAAUGAGAAACUCCUCCAUUCAAAGGAGUUUCAAGAUGCUCUUGAGGUUCUCAGUUCAAAUAGAGAUUUGUUUCUUAAGUUUCUUGAGGAACCAAACUCUGCUUUCUCAGAGCAGCUGGCUGGACUUCACAGAAGCCCAUCACCACCUCAGACAAAGCGUAUUACUGUCUUGAAACCAAAUAAAAAUGUUGAGAAUGAAGGCAGAAGGGAAAUCAGAACACAGAGAUUAAAUGAAGAAAGUGUACAUGUGAUGCCUUGGACUCACCGGAGAUCUCAUUCAGAAGAAGUUAUUUUCUCCCAGCCAACUAGGAUAGUGGUGCUGAAGCCUAGUCCUGGAAAGCCUAGUAGAACAAUGGCCAGGCUAACACCCCAAGCAGCCACAGCUCAGCUGACUGAGCAGAUAGAUUUUGUUGGAGGUUUAGAAGAUGACAAUUACCUACCAGAUAGUCUACAUCGGCGGGAUGAGUCAUUAUUAUCCUCUGUAUACUCUAAUGGGUAUGGUGGAGAUGAAAGCUCUUUCAGCAGAUCAGAAGCUUACUACAUCGAUGAAGAAGAUGGUAACCUAAGUGAUUCUGAGAUAGUUAGUCCAGUAUCACGGCAUUCAUGGGAUCACAUCAAAAGAUAUAACAGUCCUUACGCAGGCUCGCCUUUUACCCGAACAUCACGGUCACCUGAGUCAUCUGUGAUCAGGGAAGCCAAAAAAUGGCUUUCGGAACGAUGGGUAUUGGUAGCAUAUAAUGAGAUCAACCAAGAGCAGAUGCAACUACCCAGAAGCUCAAGCACUUUGGGAGAGAUGCUCUCCCUUCGAGGAACCAAGAAAGAAGUUGAUCGGAUGGGUUCUGUUUCAAGUAGCCAGCCAUGUGAUGCAGAAAAUGAGCUGACCCUGCAAGCUACCUGUAAAUCUAUUUUUACAGAGAAUGAAGGAGAUGGACAGAGCUCCCCAAAGAGUCUAGCAAGAUCAAAAUCUGUUCCAGUGUCAUCAUCGAUGUUUGAUAACAUAGCACAAAAUGACCCAUUAUCCAAUUCUGAAGGCUGUAAAACACCAAACGUGGCUACAAGGUCAGAUAAAGUAAAGCCAUCAUUCAAAGGGAGAGUUUCGAGUUUUUUCUUCCCUAAAAGUAAAAAACAGUCAAAAGAGAAAAUGACCCUAUCUGCUAGUUCUGAUGAGAAGGUUGAAGUCACUUGUUUUAGCAGCAUGAAACCAGAGGCUGCUCAAAAUAUUGGCGCUGAUGAAAAUGUGUCAUUUCAUGAGGCCAAAGAUGAUAGUAUGACUACUCGAACAAUCUGUUCUUCGAAAGAUAUUGUUUCCAUCGAAGCACCUAUUUCUUCUGUCUGUUCAAGUGGACAUCUUGAUGGAUUGAGAUCAGGUGGAGGUCUGAAUGGUAACCGUGAUGAGCCUAGUCCUAUUUCAGUUCUUGAUGCGUCAUUCGAAGAUUGCAACAUUAAUGAAUCUGAUUCGUCAAGAAGCACUACUUGUGACAAUGAGAGAAUUGUCUUACGAGCUGAUGCAAUUGAAUCUGUCACACGCUCAUUAUCAUGGGAGGAUAUGAACUCUCCUUCAUCUUCACUUGGUAUGACAAAGUUAACCCCUCCCUCCAGUGUGGGCAAUGAUGAACUAGAAUGUGUUGCCUUUGUACGAAGGAUUGUAUCAUCUGCUGGGUUAGGUGAUCUGCAGUUCGGUAUGGUCUUUUCUGGCUGGUACUUGCCUGAUUGCCCCCUGGACCCUGCAUUGUGUGACAAGUUAUUGGACCGGAAGGAGGAGGCUGCCAAGUCGAGGGAGCGAAGGUCGAACCAAAAGCUUCUUUUUGAUUAUACAAAUAUGACCUUAGUUGAGAUUGGCCAGGACACCUUACUACGCGUCUAUCCUUGGAGUCAUGUGCGCUCACUGGCCAGGAAGGAGACCCUAUCUCUAGAUUUGGUUGAAGUACCACGCAAUAUGAGGGAUUGGCUCCAUGGAUCAGGGAAGUUUGCAGUGAACGAGAACGAAGAUGCUGGAACAAUACUUGAAAGAAUUAUGGAACAGGAGGUGGAAGGAAGAGGCUGGGCGAAGUCCAUGAGAUGGGAAUUGGAUGAUAUCACAGCGCUGAUUGCAGGCGAGGCAUUGCAGGAACUACUAGAAGAAACUGUGGAUGAUCUCACAAUUUGUUCGCCACAGCAAGAGAUGUCAAUGACAAUAGCAAAUCUGUAGGAAGCAAUUCCUUUGUGUAUGAAACUGCUCUCAAAAUUAUUGGGCUGAAAAAAAACUCUUGAGCAUCCUCAUAUCUUGUAUGUAUGUUCACGUAGUUGCUUGUGCAUAUGCCA